UGUCUCUUUAAGAAAAUGGGGGAAGGGUGUGUGAGCGUCCACUGCAGCCGUGCCUAUUCUUUCUCCUGACGUCCUUCCUUCUCCUAAGUGUCAUACGAUUUCGGGAUGUAGAUUUUUUAACUGAACUGUUCUUAUUAAGAUAUUUUUGGGGGUGGGGGACGGCUGUUUCUUAACAAAAUAGCUACCCCUUAUGGGGGUGCGUUUUGAAACGGAGAUGUUUGUUUAUCCCAAACCAGAGGCUAGCUUCGUUGUUGCUAUUGGCUAGGUAGCUAGCACAUGUUUUCCGUUUUUAAAUAUACCAAGCUAGAGAUAAGCCGCUGUUUUGUAUUUAUUUAUUUAUUUAUUUUACGGAAAACAAGGUGUAUACCGAUAAAUAUUUCAUCAAUGUGUUUUUCUACGGGGAGAUUUAAUUUUUAGCAUAGCGUGAGCUGAGUCUCAGUCUUUCGUUCCCGUUAAUUCGUUUUUUAUUAUCUAGCAAGCUAUUUGUCGAUUUUUGCCUUUCAGCAAGCUGGCUGGUUUUUCAACGCAGGUUGAUAGCCAGACCGAUUGAGCGAUUGAAUCAAGGACAUUAAGUAUUUCGGCCAAUCUUAUUUCGGAUGGCUGCCUAGGUAGCUGGCUAUGUGAUAAACGGAGGCGAAAUUGGUCGUGCUUGUUUUUAUGCCAAAAUGAUGCACAGUAUUGACAUUCGCUUAUAUACAGUGGAUUCUGGCCAAACAUGAACGAAUCUUAGUCGACUGUUAGAACUUAUCUUGUUUUGUCGUUUGCUGCUGCUGUCGUAUUUUAUCACUGAAAAUGCGGAUCGUCUGAGGAUACCAGUCCCUGCUGCGACGAGCAGAGAGAGGAUUCGACUCUCCUACACGGAUUCGCCGGCGGGAUAAGGCAUUGAUUGCCUUGGAACACUGGCUCGGCUGCGGAGCGGCCAAUGUCGACUGUUAUUUUCAGUUGGAUAUAAUUCUGUAAAUAUAUAUAUAUAAACACAAAUCAUUUAUAGUUCUAAAAGUAGGGACACUCAGGGACAAUGUCUUCUCGCUCAGCACUACCGUCUGGGAAUGAACGGAACUCGGACCACCAUGCCUCUCUCACGGGCAGCCGCUCGGAGAAGGGCUCGGGCUGGUCCAGCCGCUCGCUCGGGGCCCGCUGCCGGAACUCCAUCGCCUCCUGCACCGACGAGCAGCCGCACAUCGGCAACUACCGGCUGCUCAAGACCAUCGGCAAGGGCAACUUCGCCAAGGUCAAGCUGGCACGCCACAUCCUGACGGGCAGGGAGGUUGCAAUAAAAAUAAUUGACAAAACUCAGCUGAAUCCAACCAGCCUACAGAAGCUAUUUCGAGAGGUACGGAUCAUGAAAGGCCUCAAUCACCCCAACAUAGUUCAGCUAUUUGAGGUGAUCGAGACGGACAAGACACUCUACCUGAUCAUGGAGUACGCCAGCGGAGGUGAGGUGUUCGACUACCUCGUGUCUCACGGGAGAAUGAAGGAGAAAGAAGCACGAGCCAAAUUCCGUCAGAUUGUGUCAGCCGUCCAUUACUGUCACCAGAAAAACAUUGUCCACAGGGACCUCAAGGCGGAGAACCUUCUGCUGGACGCCGACUCCAACAUCAAGAUCGCCGACUUCGGCUUCAGCAACGAGUUCACGCUGGGGAACAAGCUGGACACGUUCUGCGGGAGCCCCCCCUACGCGGCCCCCGAGCUCUUCCAGGGCAAGAAGUACGACGGGCCCGAGGUGGACAUCUGGAGCCUGGGCGUCAUCCUCUACACGCUGGUCAGCGGCUCGCUGCCCUUCGACGGGCAGAACCUGAAGGAGCUGCGCGAGCGCGUGCUCAGGGGGAAGUACCGCGUGCCCUUCUACAUGUCCACCGACUGCGAGGGCAUCCUGCGCCGCUUCCUGGUGCUCAACCCCACCAAGCGCUGCACCCUGGAGCAAAUCAUGAAGGACAAGUGGAUGAACGCCGGGUACGAGGGGGAGGAGCUGAAGCCCCACGUGGAGCCAGUGGAGGACUACAACGAUGCCAGCCGCAUCGAAGUGAUGGUGGGGAUGGGAUAUUCCCGUGAGGAGAUCAAAGACGCCCUGACCAAUCAGAAGUACAAUGAGGUCACAGCUACCUACCUGCUGCUGGGCCGUAAAAAUGAGCUGGAGGGCAGCGAAUCGCGGUCGGGCAGCAGCUUGUCCCUGGCGCGGGUGCGACCCAGCACCAUCACCAACGGCACCAGCAAGCACGCUUCCUCUGCUGCUGCCUCCUCCUCUGGCUCCGCCUCCUCGCACAGCAAGACUCAGCGGAGCGCCUCCACCUACCAUCGCCAGCGGCGGCACAGCGACUUCUGCGGGCCCUCCCUGCCCGUGGCGCAUCCCAAGCGCAGCCCGACCAGCACGGGCGACGGGGAGCUGAAGGAGGAGCGGCUGCCGUCCCGCAAGGCCAGCUGCAGCGUGGUGGGGAGCCGCAGCAUCCCCCCCUCCAGCCCCAUGGUCAGCAGCGCCAACAACCCCAACAAGUCUGAGAUCCCCGACCGCCGCAAAGAGAUUAACGCCACCACGAACAACAUCCCAGCAAGUGCCAUGACUCGCCGGAACACCUACGUGUGCACGGACCGCUCCAGCACUGACAGACACUCCCUACUGCAGAACGGCAAGGAGAACAGUUCCCUGUCCCAUCGGCUCCCCCCAGCCUCCCCCUCCACCCACAGCAUUGCGGGGGCGGGGGCGUCCGGCUCCUCCUCCGGGGAGCGGUCCCGGCUCACCCGCGGCUCCACCAUCCGCAGCACCUUCCACGGGGGCCAGCUCCGGGACCGCCGCCCACCCCCACAUGCGGCCCCGCCCACCUCCCCCACCCUGUCCCACGAUGCCAGCCCCCUGCCGCACGCUCGCACCCGCGCCACCUCCAACCUCUUCAGCAAGCUCACCUCCAAGCUCACACGCAGGGUCAAUCUUGACCCCUCUAAACGCCAGAGCUCAAACAAGUCAGUCUCGGGCUGUACUCUUCCACAGGGAUCAAAAACAGUUAACGAACCUGAGGGAGUCUGCAGAUCUCCGGUCUCAAGUCGCCAUCUACCUGGGCAUCAAAAAGCGUCAGAGCCCCGGACCCCCCGAUGCGGCUGGGAUGUGAGGGUGCGGAGCCCGCGGGACCCGGCGGAGGUGGUCCUGGCCCUGCGCGAGGCGGCCCAGGGCUGCGGCUGCCAGGUCCACCUGGCCGGCCCCUUCCUGCUGUCCUGCACCCACGGGGCUGCCGGCUCGCGCGUGGCCUUCGAGGCCCAGGUGUGCCAGCUGCCCAGCGGGCCCUCCGAGACCAGCGGCGUGCGUUUCAAGCGCCUGUGGGGGGCGCCGCUCGCCUUCCGGGACAUUGCCACCAAAGUCUCCAAGGAACUGGAACUCUGAGGGCGACAGGGGGUGGGGGCGGAGAGGCGGAGGGGAGAAGGACCGAGAGAGGGAGAGACACUGCCGCCGACCCCUCCCCCACCCCCGCUUCGACAUCACACAGACACACGGACACGGACGGGUCGCCACCCACCCCCCCCACCACCCCUUACCAGAGACAUCACUAUUCCUGGGCAAAAGGAGUCCAACUGAUUUUAUUUUUAUUCCUGUUGAUGAUAUCGUUGUCGUCGUCAUAAUGAUUAUAAUUGUUGUCAUUCUUUUUUUUUUGAACAGCUGCUAUUUAAAAUGUUUUUGAAUUUUUUUGUUACGGGCAGGGGAUUCACCGUCUUUUGUUGUUUUUCUUUUCUUUUUUUAAAGUCUUUUUUUUUGUUUUAAAUCCUAGUUUUUGAGAGAUGCAUACAUUGAAGUAUUUCAAAGCCGCUUGAAAACAUCUGGCCCGUCGAUGUCAUUCUAGACUACGGCCACCAGGGGGAGAUAUGCAGAAACGCAGAGAUGCGCAGAGGUGCAACCUCCAGAGAAACAGUUUUCUCUUCCCGGUAACCGGCUGCCAAUUUUAAGCCAAGAUUCCCUUCGCUGUUUUAUUUGUCUUUUUUUUGUCGGUGAGGGCAGGAACAAAGCCGUCUGACUUCACAGUGUACAAAGCUGGGUGCGUGAUGACUUGCUUUUCUGAGCCACUACAGGUUUUUUUUUUCUCCAUGUUUUCUCCAUGCACAUUUUAAAAUAGAGCGUAUGACCUGUUCAUAUAUUAGCACUUUGAACUAACCGUAACCCCUCUGAAAAUUGUACCCCCCUUCUAAAAUGGUACCGUUCCAUGUGUGUGUGUGUGUGCGUGUUUUUUUUUUUUGUUGUUUUUUUUUAAUGGAGACUUCUGCACAAGAAUUAAGAUGAAAUGACAGUGACCGUUUCCUCUCUCACUGCUCCUUUGUCCGCUGACAGAACAAUGCUGUGCCAAGCUGAGCCGCGCUGGAACUAACACUGGCCUGGCUGACCAGGGUAUCUCGCUUUUCCGUUGCUGUGUCCCAGGCUGUGACCGUUGCACAAAUUCGAACAGAAACGGUUGAUAAUUGCAAUUUCAGACGUGUGGGGGAAAAAAAAUGGAGGAAGAGACACAGCCAAGAACGGAGUGUUCUUAAGCUUUCCUUUUACAAAUGUGUUUCCUAGUUAACCAGCUAACAUGAAAAAAAUAACUCCAGUAAGCUCUAUUUUGUAUUAAUCCUUGUUAGAGUGGUGCAAUUUAUAGGUAUACAGCUACACAUGCUUUCUGUCAUAAAUAUAGAGUCAGCAUAGCUAUCACUGGCUGUUGCUAUCACACAGCUAUUUUAAUGAGGAUAUGGCUAUUUGACUCUCAUGAGCACAGGAAUGAAGGCUUUGUUUUUAAAAAGAAAAGAGUAUUCCCAACGUUGAAGGGCAAUUUGGACUCGUAAUUGUUUGAUUGCUGAGAUGCUAAGGAACAUUUCAUGAAAUUUCGGACAAGGCCUCCUGUAACGAUACCUCCCUCCUGACGAGUUUUGGCACUGACUGUUGCAGCAUUUUAAUUUUGCGGGCCCCUACUCUUGGCGUGCUUCUGAGCAUGCAUGCAGCAGAUUAGAUGCAGAGCUAGGACGGUUGGAUCUCGCUCAGCUUGACAAAAAAAAACUACUUGUGAAAUGAAGUUGUGGUGUAAGACCAGGAGACCAGGUGUACACCAGGUGAAGCUGUACCUGAGCCCUGGCACACCAGGGGAGAACGGGCGCUAGGUGCACUCAGUUGGACUUCAUCCCGCUGUUUCUUUUCCUGUCAUUAAAAUUCUUCACGUCCGCCCACAGUUGGCUCAGACGCUUCGUUGCGUCUUGGAGUCAUUGGCUAUCAGCAGAAAUUUAAAAAUGGAAACGGAAAAGGUUUUGAGAGCUUUACGGCGCAGAGGAUUUUGUUUUUUCAAGGGUUUUAACAUGCUUACUCUUUGAUGUAUUUCUCUGCUUUCUAGGUUGCCUUUCCAAAUGCUCCCACACUCUUCUCUCCUUUCAGCAGCACUGACCUCUGACCUCUGAUCAGUACUUGGUGUGACAUUAGAUCCGGUCUUACUGGUUAGACAGGAUCUGAUUGCUGAUUGGAGGAGAGAGGGAGGGAGUGGUUUGGAAAGUAAAUCUGUAAUGACCUGGGAGAGCCCAUCAAGGCAUCUCAGUAAGAAGUGGAGCUUGAAGGAGGGCAGACUUCAGUUCCUUCCUCUGCAUGUGAAAUGGGACGACCGUGUUGGAAGUGCCAGUGGUUUGGCUGGUUCCAAAAUUUGCACAACUGUCUGGCUCCCCGAAGACACGUUGAGAGAGAUCUCUCACAGCCCCCAUCCUGGAGGACCACAGCGUCCCUUAGGGUUCUGAUCCACAUCACAGCCCACCCCCCCCCAUCUGAAAUCUGAGUGCUUUAGUGGCUUCAUGGUUUAUGGAGUAAGAGUCUGCUCUUCGCGACCCUUCAUUGCUGUGCUAUUGGGAAACACACAUGCUAGAACUGGUGCUCAUACAUGUCUGCCAGAUGGCCUGGUGAUGUACUCCAGAUGUGUUUCAGCUUGGUCUGGCCCGGCCACAGCAGUAGUGCGCUUCUCUGCGAAAGGUUCAGCCGGGGGAAUCGCUGGUUCGAAUCCGGGCUGCGCUUCAACCCGACGGUUGGUCAAGACUUUGGCGGGUGUGGGUGGGCGGAGCCUAUUUGACCUCUCGUCUCCUGGGACCUCGACUCUGCCAACUUGCCCGCAGCCUGUUCGGGAACCCCGCCUUGCAGUUUCACCUGGCGGCUUGACCCCGGAGGGAUGCGUGGGACAUUUUAACUUCCAGUCAAGAGAGCGGGAUGGUUUCUCUUUGCUUUGCUUGCUCUGUCUGGUCUCGUGUUAGCCGUCCCUCAGGCGUGUCCACCUGCGGCUGUUUGCCUCCAGACCAGAGAGGGCGCCAUUGUAAACAGAUCUGUCAAAAGCCUGCAAAUGAGGGUGGUUUAGUCUUUCCGGUGGUUUUCCUGUUUUCCAUACCUUUCCAUUAGGCUGUUUACAUGCGAUUUGUGACGCUUCUCCUACUCUCUUCAUUCCAUGUUGUGUAAUUUCAUGUUGUUUUUCAGAUAGAUUUUCUCCACUCCGGGACAAAUGAAUCCCAAGACCUCUGACAUGCGCACACGAAUCCUCCCCCCUCAAAUGGCAUUAACCCCUUUUUCAUCUUCUCAUGGUUCUCAUACAAAAACAGUAUUGCACACUGGAACUCCUGUAUAAUACAAAAUCCCAUUGGUGGUGGUGUGGCUUACAACAGGUGUAUCCAGGACACUAACUUGUACGUGAAUCUGCCUCAUCCAGAGGAAUUGUGGGAUAUGAUAAAAGCAGGCCUCUGAGUCGGUAAAUGUCUUAAAUGUGAAAGCUGUGAUUUUUGGACACUUCCUUGGAUAAACGAUUUUCAUAAAAAUAGUACCUUAAAAGAGGGGCCUGUCUUCUGCUCAUCACUUAGAUAUUGUUAGAUCUUAGGGACAUGUCUAAAGAGUAGGAAGCAGUAGGUUUAAAACAAUUGUUACUACAGAGGGGGUGCCAUAACAACCUAUUGCUGACUCACAGUCGGUUUUAACUUAAAAAUAAAAUGACCUUUUCUCACACUGUUGAUUGGUCAGUUCAUUGAUUGCGAGCGCUAUUGCUGUUCAGAUAUGAUUCCAAAAAUCACAAUUCCAUGUAAGAAGUUGUUUUGGUCAGUGCUAGAUCACCAUUAGCCACUGUGCGAUUCAGCACGAGCAUAUUGGUAGCAGUUAAUUUCAGUGGACCGGGAGAGGUCUACGGUCCCUCUUUGGUAUUUGGAGGUGGAGUUAGGACAGGAUUUUAAGGAAGUGUCCAGCAGGAACCUUUCUUGUGAUAAAAGAGAGAGCAUAUUCCUGGGGAUUUUGUGUCUGGUGUCAAUAUUGGGACAACUGGCAAGACCUGGCUUAUAGUAAGAUUUAAAAACAAGCAUUUUAAUGGGGUGUGACUUGAAGGGGGGUGUGAAACUGAAGCCUUUAAAACCAGAGAUGUAUCCAUUUAAGAAGCCAGUCACCAGUCUGUGAAAGAGAGCUGCAGUAUUCUUGUCUUGUUCAUGGGGAAUAAUGGAAACGGGUCCAGGCCAUGUUCCAACCUUAAAUCUGACGGUAACAAUGGAAGGUGAAUAAAUGGCAGAACUGGACCGCCGCAGGUUUACAGAAAUGCUUUAGUGCGGUCCCCUAUGGGAAAAGUGCCAACCAGUGAAGUUUACUGCUUUGUAGUCAUUGCUGUGUACUAAGUGCUAGUUGCAACCCCCCGUUUUGAAUCGCUUCCUUGUCCAGAGUUGAAAAUGUUAAAUCAAGAAAAGGACCGACUUUGCAUCCUUCACUCGACGCUGUCUUUGAGCAUUUCGUCUACCCUGCCGUGCUGUUCGGCUGCAGGUGUGCGUGGCUCGGCACUGUUAAUUUGGUCAGCGAAUCACCGCACUUUCACACCUUUCUAGCUGAUGUGACACUGGCCGAUGUGAUUCAACGCUGAUGUGACACCAGGAACUCUUGAGGCAUCUGUUAAAAAUGGAUCGGAUGAAGUCGUCCCCUCCCAGAAAAGUAAACGGUCCUUCCUGACUACUGAGCACCAGUCAUGCUUCACCCACGAGUUGAGUGAACAGACUCCCCAGCACACAGCAAAGGACCCUGAUGCCUUUUUGAACACGGAAGUUUCUAGCAUAAGCAAAGCACUGUGCCCUGUGCUUGAGUGCGCGCUGUUUGUCCCUCUGCAGCAUCUGUACAGGCCACACAGAGGAACACCCCAAACCCAUCGCACGCGCACUCAGAACACACACCAACGCACACACACACUCAGACACAUAUACCUUACUCUCCCUGUAAAAAUCCAGCAGAGUGCUUGUAUUUGUAUCAUUGUGUAGAAAAACAAAGAUGAGAAAAGAAAAUAUGGGUCAAUUUCUUUUUUUUUCUUUUCAAUUUUUAAAUUAUUAUUCUGGUGCCGGCUGUGGUGCCUUUAGAUGUAAAGAAAAAAUGGGAACUACAGAAAAAAAGUUCUGAAAUAAAAAUUCACUGAUAUUGGA